CUCGGUCUGUCUGCAGAGAGUCUCCGGUAUGGACAGCCGCCUUACUCCUCAACUUUUUACCGGAGAUUUCACCACCGCUGUUUUACACUUGACACCGUGUAUACCAUCUGGAAAUGGAUUUCUGAGCGGAAUAAGCCGAAGCUGAGCCCGACGUGACUUCAUUCGACCGUUUGAAUUCAUUUUUUUUUUUUUUCGUUGAUCGAGUUGUUGAAGAAAGAGGGAAAAUGCCAGUUGCAACUCUUCUGCCUUUUACCGCGACCCCGAAUAGGAAGUCUGCCAACCCGACCUCUUUCAGGCUGACAGAGAAAUUUAUUUUGUUAUUAGUGUUCAGCGCUUUUAUAACGCUGUGUUUCGGGGCCAUUUUCUUCCUGCCGGACUCAUCCAAGCUGCUCAGCGGAGUUUUCUUUCAUUCCUCCGCGGUGGAGACCAAUACCCGCACCGGUCCGGACAACGGCGACUCAGGUUCGGCUGGAAACGACGAGAGGGUCCUGGCCAAAAUCAGGAAAGACCACGAAAAAGCACUGUUAGAGGCCAAGGAUACUCUACAGAAACGACCCGACGAGAUAAAACAGGACAUUAUUAAUGAGAAGGAGAAAGUUGCAAAGGAUAGUGCGGGUCAAGGUGGGAAGGAUGUCAAUAAUUUACCUUUCGUUGAGUAUCACCGCCCGCCCGGGGCGACUGGGAACGAGCCCCUGGACCCCGAAACCAGGGACAGACGGACUAAAGUCAAAGAGAUGAUGAAGCAUGCGUGGGACAGCUACAGGCGCUAUGCCUGGGGUUCCAAUGAGCUCAGGCCCGUCUCCAAGCAAGGCCACUCCAGCAAUCUAUUUGGAAGUAUAAAAGGAGCAACGAUCGUGGACGCUCUGGACACCCUCUACAUCAUGGAAAUGUACGAAGAAUUUGACACUGCCACUGACUGGGUAGAGAAGAACCUCGACUUUAAUGUGAAUGCAGAAGUGUCUGUGUUUGAGGUGAACAUACGGUUUGUCGGAGGUCUGCUGUCCGCCUACUACCUGUCUGGAAAAGAGGUCUUUCGUAGAAAGGCGGUGGAGCUGGGUGAAAAGCUGCUGCCAGCCUUCAAAACGCCCACCGGCAUCCCCUGGGCUCUGCUUAACCUCAAGAGUGGUAUCGGUAGAAACUGGCCGUGGGCAUCGGGCGGCAGCAGCAUCCUGGCCGAGUACGGCACCCUGCAUCUGGAGUUCAUGCACCUCAGCAAACUCUCUGGAAAUCCUGAGUUUGCUCAGAAGGUCAUGAACAUCCGGAAGGUCCUUAACCGCCUGGACAAACCUCAGGGGCUGUACCCCAACUACCUGAACCCCAACAGCGGCCAGUGGGGCCAACAUCACGUGUCCGUAGGUGGCCUGGGUGACAGUUUCUAUGAGUACCUGCUGAAGGCCUGGCUGAUGUCUGACAAGACUGAUGAGGAAGGCAAGAAGAUGUACUACGAUGCCCUGCAGGCGAUUGAGACCAAUCUGAUGAGGAAGUCGAGUGGCGGGCUGACCUACAUAGCGGAGUGGAAGGGGGGGCUGCUGGAGCAUAAGAUGGGUCACCUGACCUGUUUCGCAGGUGGCAUGAUCGCCCUCGGCGCCGACGGGGCGCCCAACGACAAGACGGGCCACCAGAUGGAGCAGGCCGCCGAGAUCGCCCGGACCUGUCAUGAGUCCUACACCAGGACUGCCUUGAAGCUGGGUCCAGAGGCUUUUCGUUUCGAUGGCGGGGUCGAGGCCAUCGCCACCCGCCAGAACGAGAAAUAUUUCAUCCUCCGUCCCGAGGUCAUCGAGACCUACAUGUACAUGUGGAGGUUCACCCAUGACCCCAAAUACAGAGAGUGGGGUUGGGAGGCUGUUCAGGCCUUGGAGCAGCAUUGUAAAGUAGAAGGCGGCUACAGCGGCGUCAGAGACGUUUACGCCUCAACUCCAAAUCACGACGAUGUACAACAGAGCUUCUACUUGGCAGAGACACUCAAGUAUCUCUACCUGCUCUUCUCUGACGACGACCACCUACCGUUCGACCACUGGGUCUUUAACACCGAGGCUCAUCCUCUGCCCGUCAUCAGGAAGGACAAAACGGACAGACCCAACGAAGUGGAGUAGCGGACCAUCGUGCGCUGGCAUCCAAAAACAAGUGCGAGAACCUCUGAUCCUGUAUACCUGAGCCUCCAGCUGUCUGCCUGAGACAGUUUAGCCAUUUGGAUUUGGAGUUCCCAAUGGUUACAGAUGCCUCCUGAUCGGAUUUCACUUUUUAUUUUUAAUGGGAUCAAAACUGAAUUCAAGCCCGUUGGAGCUGAAUUCUCACUGUAGAGUCCAGUUUUGUUUUUUUGUUGUUGUGGUUUUUUUGUUUUUUUUUAUGUUCAGCCCGGGUUGAGUCCAGGCAGCGACGUGAACCAACAUUUUUACUGUGGGAUAAUGUAAUAACUUAAUGAAUUGUCCCUCUGCAUGAGUUUAACAUCAUGCUGUGAUAAAUCAUUGGAUAACGCAGAGAUGUCUUCAGGCUGCUGUUGUAAGUUUUAAUAUUCUCAGAUUAUAGAAGUGGUACUUUCUGAACAAACGAUUUCACUCGCCGGGUUUAUCUCGUUUUCAGCUCAUUCAAAGGGACAGUCUGAUCUCAGUUAUUACAUUAUUCACCAGUGAGGUUGUUAGCAGCUGCAGCUCUGUCUGUUUUUCGUGAAGGAGAACGCUGAGAGACCUGAACCAGUCUUCUCCCUGAUGUGGAUGUUUCGGAUCCCGGCCUUUGUGCACCAAACCCAGAAACAAAAAAUCCAGCUCUCGUCCGAGGAUCACGUGGUUGGUUCAGCGAGCUAAAAGAUGCUCUGUUCGCUUCACGUGCGUCGUCUUUUCCGUCUGCUGUACCGCUUCGAUAUCUGAACACGAACCGGUUUUCUUGCGGCAGCACCGGUGCCGCCGCCGCCACCACCACCACCACCACCACCACCACCACCACCCAACUUCUACACCGUCUUCAGAGAAACAUUUGUUUUUCUAAAAACAUGUGGUCGGCUCAGUGGGACUGGAGAAAAGACACAGCACAACCCGAGCCUGUUUUUAUAAACCUCCUGCUUCCCCCCCCGUCGACCUUCACCCUGACUUCUCCUUCCUUCCUUCCAUCCUUCCUCUCUUCCUCUGAGGUUGGUGUGACACAGGACGACCAGCCACACCAGCUCUCUACCUGCCAGUACUUUCACUUUGUCCCCAGGACGUUUACACGAAGCUGUUCCUCUUCUUCUGCUUAUCUAGACCUCCGUUCGUCUGUGUCUCUGUCUGGCUUUUUGGAUUCUGGAUUUGUUUCUCUUUCUCACAUUUGCUCCGGUGUUUCUGGGGUUUGACCGAUACAGGGAUUUCAGAGCUGAUAACUGUUAAUUUCCCAAACUUCAGUCUUAAUGAGGGUCUUAGUAAGGGUCCACUUUUCCAGAGCUUUCACCCACAUCUUGUAAAUCUUGUUUUCUUCUUCUGGGUCUUGAUAUUCGGCAGACGUCCACUGCAUCUUUAAAUAAUGUUUCCAUGGGUACAAACAAACGUUUUAGAUCCAGAGACACUAAAAGCUGAUCGUAUGAAUGCACACAAUCUGAUUCCAGUGUCUCCCACAGGCCACCGCUGUAUCAGCCUCAGCAAACCUGUGUAUCGGUCAGACUUCCUGUUUUUGUUGUUGAAUCACUUCCUCUUGUCUCCGUCCUCCAGGCUGUAGGAUCUUCUCUCCUCUAUGAGGAGACGCAGACUCUCGACAUCGCUGUAAUAUUUCACCUUCACACACACACACACACAACACACACACACACACACACACACACACUAGAAGCCAUACUGAUUCACCACAGCUUUACCAUUGUGUCGUUGAGACUUUUGUUCCCUUCAUCCUUCACGUUUAGGGGGUGUGUGACUGUACUGACAUCAACUGUGUUGCUGUUUUUGUUGUACAGUUAAUGUCCAACGAGGGUUCAACGGAUCAGAGUCACGCUCACCUGACUGUUUAGUUUGGUUUUGUGGUCAAGGUUUCGCCAGAUGCCGCACAGAACUGUAGCCAGAUUAAAUCCAGUUUAGUGCCUUCACUGCUGAAAAGGAGUCAGAGGGAGAGACAGCUCACACAAACACAGAAGAGCAGAGUUUUAAAUCGCUUUGUAGCUUUAAGUGAAGCUCCCAUGCCUCAGAUGAGGAUUAUACCAAAACUAGUCAUGGAUUAAAGGAUAAAUCUCACUUUUUAACGUGACAUUCAGUCUAACUUUGGCGUGAAAGUCGCCCUGAGAGUUGGUGAAAACUUGGCUUCUUUUGUGAUAAGUGGGAGAUUUUUCCAUGUGAUCUGAGCAUCUCAUGGAAAGAGAUUUAAGAAUUUAAGCAGCCAGUCUUAUGUGCUUAUACUGCUCUUUCUUCCAAGUUCAAGUUUGGCCAAGCAUUAACCAUCAUUCAAUGGUUUGAGACCAGCAGAGGCCCCGGUCACAAGUAAGAUAUUUGCUUGUCUACACUGACAUCUAGUGGUGAGAGUUUCCCAUCACAGUGCGUGAGACCUGGGCUAAACCACUGCAGCGUGCAGAGUUUGAACUAAUGAACUAUUUCAUACCCAUGUGUCACUGAUUCCUGGGGGGAAACAUUUAAGUCGAAAGCUUUUUGGAAACAGGGAAAAACAACCACAUCUUAAACUCAGUGGAUAAUUAGUCGUGCUGUGAAAGAUUCCUGAAAUUACGAAGGAUCUGCUCAUGAGGGAAAAUAUAAAAAUGACAAAUCACCAGACCCUGAUCUGUAAAAUGACAUAUUUCACCUUCCAGUGAUUUAAAUGAGUGAGUCAGUAACUUUUCCAGGCGUUUGUUAGUUUAAGCGCCACUAACAUCAGUCUGUAAAGGAAAAGUCCAACAGUUUUUUGGUAACAUUCUGUCCUUUCCCAUGUUUCAGCCUCAGUGUAUUUAAAUACCUGGAACCUGUUAAGAGACGGACUAAUUUUCACCUGAGUUUUUAUGUUUACAUGUUCAAAAAGUUGUAGUUUGCUGCUGCAGAAAGAUGCUGAUUACAGCACAAAGUCCUCCUGCAACAAAGUUAGCUCUGAGAGUCUUCAAAUUUAUUACAAGUAAAAAGAAAAAAGCAGAGAAACGCCAAACAAGCUACUGAUUAUGCUUCACAGUCCCUGUGAAGAGGUCAGGAGAACCAGAAAUGGUUCAACUUCCCAGUGUUUGUGUUGAACGUGGUAUUUUUAAAUCCAGUUCAAUCCCAGAUAACGUCGUGUUUUAUUUGAUCGGAAUUUUUAUAAAUAUUAAAUAAAAAAUAAAGUGACAAACAUACAAACAUCGCUAAAGAUUUAUCCAAAAGUAAUGAGCCGUGCUCGAGUGAUGACCCACACAGACAGACUUCAGUCAGGUGGUUUCCCCAUUCAGAUUGAUCAGUGCUGAGUUUCUGAGCUGUGAGAAAUCGCUCCAUAUUCUUUCUAUCACUGUACAGACGACAGUGUCGAUGUGUUUAAUCUGUGUUUUUGUUUAAUUAGAGUUGGUUCAGAGGCAUUUAUUAUAUUAUCCACGUGAUCAUGUGUUGUAAUGGUUGAUGAUUUUGCUGACUGUGUUAAUUUAUUCUCUUGUAGUGAACAUAGGACUCGGAGGUGUUGGGACCUGACCCCCAGGUGGCGCUGUGGGUUUAGUGGGUCGGAGUAGAAGGCUGGACCCUGAACACAAAGCUUAUCUGCAAGUUUUUCUGCCAGAAAUAACAUAGUUUGGCGUUUUUUAACAUCACAUAUUUAAGACAACAAUCAGCUGUGAAGCUGCCGCCACAGCACAGCGGCAGUACGGUAAUUACAGCAGUAAUUUACAGAUGUUUUAAAAUGCUAAACUUUGUUAAGUGAUGUUAAUUAUGGCAGAAAGAGGGUGAAGAGACCACCUGGGAGUCAAUGAAACAACCUUACAGGAGGCUAGGAACUGUAUGAAUGUACAAUCCAAUGUGAAGUGAAGAAUAUUUUAUAUGCAUUUGUCUUUGUUGAUUCACUUCUAUGUGCUUUUGUUGUGUUUUUAUUUUGUUUUUUCUUUUAUCUCGUAAAGCACAAAAAGUUGAAGCCGUGUGUGCAGUCAAAGAAAAGAGGGAACGAUGGGUCUGUUUUUUUUUGUUGUUGUUUUUGUUUCGUUUUGUUUUUUGUUUACGUUUCGAUGCCGUUAACGUAGAGAAUGAACCAAAUCUGCCGCAUGAGCUGUAUCAGUGCAUGGUGGAUACACAUUUUUGAUUUAUUGCUUCGAGGACGUCAGACAUAAAGAAAAGAUCACACAGGAGGUCUUUGCAGUGGUGGGGGUUAUAUGUUGUAGUCUUUCGCUGCAGGAGGUGUAGUCGUAUGAAGUGAUCAUCAUUUUUCCAACAUUUGUUAAUGGACAUUUGAAUGAAUGUUGUUUCCUGGUAGAGGGUGUAGUUUCACCGUCUCCCUCCCCGUGUUCAGCACAUGUGGUGAUUGUAGGUACGUUAACGUGACUGUGUGCAGACCUGUGACCCUGUGUUUGGAAGCGUGGAGGCUUAGACACUUAAAGGGCUGAUCCACUGCGUUUUCUGCGAGUAGGAAGUCAGAAUUUUCAGGCUCUACAUGUGGUUGGAUUCACCUCUGUAGGUGCCCUCCUGGAUUUUUGAGGUAUACAAUUUAUUAUUUUUUUUUCUUUUUCCUCACUCAUGUGACACAGAUCUGGUCGUUUCACUGCCUGAACAGGGAGGAAACACAGGACGUACUGGGUUGUUCACGUGAGCCGUCAGAGUAAAGUUUGCUUUAGCUUCAUGUAGUGUGACAUCAGGCAUCUGCUUUUUUUUGUUUUGUUUGUUUUUUUUUUUUGUUUUUUUUUUUGUUGUGUUUUGGGUUUUUUUUUUUUGUUGUUUUCUGAAAAGGUUGAAUUGUCUCUGGUGAUUUUCUGAAUAUUGUGUUGAUGGUCUGUUGCGUUCCAAUGCCUUUCUAUUAGUGAAUAUUAAAGGGAAAUGCCGCCCAUUUUAGGACUUUCACAGUUCAGUUGGCCUUUGUGGAAAAUGCACCACUCUUCCCUAAAGACACUUCUAAUAUAUAAUAUCACACUGACAUCCCUUCUUCUUUCUGAUUGGUGCACCGUCACUAAAUGAGACUGACCAGUCCUGCGACUUAAUUCUUAAAAUGUUUGGCAUUUCCCUUUAAAAGGUUUAAAUGUGUGAAACCAACCUCAGAAAUGUGUCUGUACAAAAUAUUGCUGAUAAUCAUUCCAUUGCACAUAGUUUACUUUGCGUUUAUAUGCAAUAUUUUAAUUUUGUGGGGAAAUUUGUUUUAUUGUGUUAAUAUUAUUAUUAUUAUUGAAAAAAUGUAAAUAUUCCAUUCUGGCAAAUGAGCCGUUCUACAUUUAUAUAAAAAUCUUCUGAGCUUAUGGAUUAAAAUGAUAUUAAUGAGCAGCAGACUUUUUAAUAAACUAUAUUUGUUACACUUCUAUUGUGAAUAAAAAAAUCU